ACUCACUCACUCACUCACUCAGUCACUCACUCACACCUCCUCCAGCUCACCUCCUCCACACCCCAGCAUGGCCGCAUCCACCAUGUCCGUCUGCUCCAGCGCUUGCUCCGACUCCUGGCAGGUGGAAGACUGCCCAGAGAGCUGCUGCGAGCCCCCCUGCUGCGCCCCCAGCUGCUGCGUCCCCGCCCCCUGCCUGACCCUGGUCUGCACCCCAGCCAGCUGUGUGUCCAACCCCUGCUGCCAGGCAGCCUGUGAGCCCAGUCCCUGCCAAUCAGGCUGCACCAGCUCCUGUAUGCCCUCGUGCUGCCAGCAGUCUAGCUGCCAGCCGGCUUGCUGCACCUCCUCCCCCUGCCAGCAGGCCUGCUGCUUGCCCGUCUGCUGCAAGCCCGUGUGCUGUGUGCCUGUCUGCUGUAAGCCUGUCUGUGGCAAGCCUCUGUGCUGUAGGGCUUCUUCAUGCUGCCAGCAGUCUAGCUGCCAGCCGGCUUGCUGUGCCUCUUCCUCUUGCCAGCAGUCCUGCUGUGUGCCCACCUGCUCUGAGUCUUCUUCAUGCUGCCAGCAGUCUAGCUGCCAGCCGGCUUGCUGUACCUCCUCCCCCUGCCAGCAGUCUUGCUGUGUGCCCAUCUGCUGCAAGCCUGUCUGCUGUGUGCCCACCUGCUCUGAGUCUUCCUCUUCAUGCUGCCAGCAGUCUAGCUGCCAGCCGGCUUGCUGCACCACCUCCUGCUGCAGACCCUCCUCCUCCGUGUCCCUCCUCUGCCGCCCCGUGUGCAGGCCUGCCUGCUGUAUGCCCGUCCCCUCCUGCUGUGCCCCCACCUCCUCCUGCCAACCCAGCUGCUGCCGCCCGGCCUCCUGCGUGUCCCUCCUCUGCCGCCCUGCGUGCUCCCGCCCAGCCUGCUGAGUCCUCUGCUCAGGCCAGAAGUCCAGCUGCUGAGUGCUGAAUCCUCAUCUCCUGCUGACUGCAUCUUUGCUGCCAAGCAGGAUUCUCCAGCCUCAGGCGCCUCUGGAGGCCUCAGAAUCUACCAGCUCCCAUCAGUGGCCGCACAGUUGCUGCCUGAAUGGGAUUUUCUGCACAUCGCACUUCCCUCCUCCCUGUCUGGGAAGAGACAACUCACAAAUCCCUUAGCAGGUGGACUGUGGCCUUCUGGAGCCCCUUCUCCAAAUGUGUUGCCUGGACCCAAUGUGACAAAGAAGAAUUGCUCUAAUCAAUAAAUUCUUGAGUCAGGAAA